CUUCCAACUGAAAACAGCAAAGACAAGACAUUCAAAGUGACAGUCAAAUGGGUCGCACAAGUAAGCUUGUUUGCCCUGGAACAAGCAUUAGAAGGAAAACACAAUCAGAUUCCGUUUGAGACCAUCCAGGCUCUGGAUGUUGUGUUGCGCCACUUGCCAUCCAUGAAGUAUACCCCUGUGGGGAGAUCUUUCUUUUCUCCUCCAGAUGGCUAUUACCACCCACUAGAAAGUGGGCGUGAGGUUUGGUUUGGCUUUCAUCAGAGUGUGCGACCGUCACAGUGGAAGAUGAUGCUGAAUAUUGAUGUGUCAGCAACAGCAUUUUAUAAGUGUCAGCCUGUAGUCGAGUUCAUGUGCGAAGUUCUUCGUAAACAGCAACAGGAACUUCACCAGCAUAAGCCGCUAUCUGAUGCAGAAAGACUGAAGUUCACCAGGGAGAUCAAAGGUUUGAAGGUUGAGAUCACACACUGUGGUACUACGAAGAGAAAGUAUCGGGUAAUCAAUGUCACAAAACUACCAGCACAAACUCUGAAGUUUCCUCUCAAGCAGUCAGAAGCAGGGCAGGCCCAGGAGAUCACAGUGGCAAAGUAUUUUCAGGAAAAACACGUGAAACAACUCCAAUUCCCCCACCUGCCUUGUCUUCAGGUCGGACAGGAACAGAAACACACCUACCUACCUUUAGAAGUUUGUAACCUUGUUGCUGGACAGCGCUGCAUCAAGAAGUUGUCUGACAUGCAGACGUCCAAGAUGAUCAGAGCUACUGCAAAGAAAGCUCCUGAUAGAGAACAGGAAAUUGUAAAUCUGGUUAGGAAAGCAGAUUUUAACAACGACCAAUAUGUUCAAGAUUUUGGCAUCUCAAUAAAUGACAGAAUGGUUGAACUCGAAGGUCGUGUUCUUAUCGCCCCUAAACUACAAUAUGGAGGAAAGGACAAAAUAAAGAUUUCUCCAAGACAAGGUGCCUGGGACAUGCGAGGAAAGCAGCUGUUUCACGGCAUCGAGAUAAAGGUCUGGGCGAUUGCUUGCUUUGUAAGUCCUCAAGACUGCAACGACAGAGCUUUGAAGAGCUUCGCGCAUCAGUUGAUGAAGAUAAGUGGCGAAACUGGAAUGCCCAUCAGAUCUGAGCCUUGUUUCUGUAAAUAUGCCAAGAAACCUACAGAUGUUGAACCGAUGUUCAAGCACUUGAUGGCGACGUUUAGCAAUUUACAGCUUAUUAUCCUCGUCUUACCUGGAAAAACUCCAGUCUAUGCUGAAGUCAAGCGUGUUGGGGAUACAAUGUUGGGUAUUGCUACACAGUGUGUGCAGUCGAAAAAUGUCAUGAAAUUAAACCCACAAACCAUUUCCAAUCUCUGCCUCAAAAUCAACGCUAAGCUUGGUGGAAUAAACAGCAUCCUCGCUCCUGAUGUGCGAAUUGCUGCUGUUGUCGGCAGUAUGGAUGCCCAUCCUAGCCGAUAUUGUGCUUCUGUGCGAGUGCAAACGCAUCGACAGGAAAUCAUUGCCGAGUUAGCCGCCAUGGUACGGGAGCUGUUGAUUCAGUUUUAUCGCUCGACGAGACACAAACCAGUGCGGAUUAUUUUUUAUCGAGAUGGAGUGAGUGAAGGGCAGUUUAGACAGGUCCUGUGCCACGAACUGAAGGCAAUCCGCGAGGCUUGCAUCAAGCUGGAGGUUGGGUACCAGCCUGGAAUCACGUUCGUUGUGGUCCAAAAGCGACAUCACACACGAUUCUUCUGUCAGGACGAAAAAGACCGGUGUGGCAACAGUGGGAAUGUCCCUCCAGGUACCACUGUGGAUAUCGGCAUCACACAUCCCACUGAGUUUGACUUCUACCUGUGCAGUCACGCAGGUAUUCAGGUAAAGAUAAGCAAUAUACUCUCAGAAGUUAACCAGAGACAGAGGCCCGGUCCACAAUACACUGGAGAUAUUCAUAUGAGUAUUGGGCAUUGCGCACAAAAUCCUGACAUGAUACUUUUGUUUUAUUGUAGUCACGACAACGGUUCAUCGUGUAGCGGUGGGCAUGGAGAUGAACGAAGUCCGCAGAUAUUGGCCAAAGCUGUUCAAGUUCACUCUGAAAUGUUGAAAGGGAUGUACUUUGCCUGAGGGCACUCUGUGUGAUAUACACAACACUUACAACCACGACUCUUUUAGACUAUUUAUUCUUUUUGACAAUGUGGCAAAUACUUCAUGUAUCUACCCUGUGGUGUAGUUUUAUCUCUUUUACUAUAAAAUGUUCGCCGUAUUUUUGGCUUUAAGACACCUAUUUGAAAAACAAGCGAACAUGUUGUUUCUUUGAAAGAAAUCAGAUGAGGAAAGUAGAAUUCUUGAAGACUGGGUUUGCUUAGAUGCGCUUCUCCAUUUCUUUUCCGCGCGCGCUUCUUGUGAUGAAGUGUGAUAUGCAAAUUAGCUAUGAAAUGGUAUCUAAUGCGCAUGUGCACCAGCUGACUGUGUCCCUUUAAGAAACACUUGGAUUGAAAAUCACUGAUUAUGUCGGCUCGACUAUAAAAUUUUUAUAGAGCAUAUAAGUUAGCCUAAUGUAUUUUUAAAACUUUCGUUACAAUGAAUUCUGUAAGUGUGAUAUAAUGAUCUAGAAAAUUUUUAGAGUAGGUUUUAUCGUGCUGUGCACGUCAUACUUAGAAUUUAGGUCAGUACUCUAUCCAAUCGUCAUUUUAAGAUUACAAGUAGCACAUUGCCUAAGAGGUGAUUUAUGAAAUAUAUGUCAAAGCAACAAAACAAAUUGAAAUAAAUAACGUGUAACUUGAACCUAAGUUGUGUGAGAAGAAGCGGAAAGUACUUUUCCAAAACUACCUGCAUUCUAACAAUAAAAAGCACCAAGGACCGUACA